AUGGGCAACGGUCCCGCAUUGUUUGGACGGGACUGGAUGAAUGAAAUUGUAUUGGACUGGUCACGUAUUGUACAUGUGAAUUCAAUUGAUGAUCACUCAACACAAACACGUAUAGCCGAUAUUAUGAAGCGAUAUGAGUCAGUGUUUUCCGACGGUAUCGGGAAAGUUAAAGAUAUUAAAGCAACGCUAUCUGUCAAAGAGAAUGCUUCACCGAAAUUCGUAAAAGCUAGGCCAGUACCAUAUUCGUUAAAACCGAAAAUAGAAAAGGAAUUAGACAUCCUAGAAGAACAGGGCAUUAUUACGAAAGUGAAUACAUCAGAAUGGGCUACACCUAUUGUGCCCGUUGUUAAAUCUUCGGGAGGAGUAAGAAUUUGUGGAGAUUUCAAAGUCACCGUAAACCAAGCUAUAAAUGUAGAUAAAUACCCACUUCCGAGAAUAGAGGACAUUUUCGCGAAUUUGGCAAAUGGAAAGAAAUAUUCAAAGUUGGAUUUACGCCAAGCAUAUCUUCAAUUGGAGUGCGAUGACAAAACAAAAGAAAUGUUAACGAUUAACACUCACAAAGGUCUAUAUUCUUAUAAUAGAUUGACAUAUGGAGUAUCAUCAGCACCUGCAAUAUGGCAAAGAACAAUUGAUCAAAUUCUUCAAGGAAUACCAGGAGUACAGUGCAUUCUCGAUGAUAUGGUCAUUACAGGAGAAAAUGAUCAAGCUCACUUAAAUAACUUAGAAACAGUAGUGCAACGGUUGUCAAAAUAUGGUUUAAAAGUGAAUAAAGAAAAAUGUCAGUUCUUUCAAGAGAGGAUUACAUAUUGUGGUCAUGAAAUUGAUGAAAACGGUCUGUGGAAAUGUAAUGAUAAGGUGGAUUCUAUUUUAAAUACACCACGUCCACAAAAUGUCACAUCUCUCAGGGCAUAUCUCGGAUUACUAAAUUACUAUCAUAGGUUCUUAAAUAACCUAGCCACG